AUGCAAAUGGCCGUAUUCCAAUUCGUGUUGAUGGCGAUGCUCUGCCUCCAAGUGCUAGCUGCAAGCCCACCCGCCAAGAAACCAGCAUGCUUGAACAACCUGGUGGUCAAGAAUGAGGACUGCGAGCGUGCAAAGUCCAAAAUUGUCUACGACAAGGGUAUCCUCAGUAAAGUGGAAACAAAAGUCUCCGUUGUUUCCAAAGACUGUCUCAUUGAAAUCUAUAAUCCAAAGCAGACUGUGGUCACCACAAAACAGAUCGAUGACACAGUUACAGAGGUCCUGACAGCUUGCAAGAGUGGGCACGUUAGAAUCAAAGACAACCAGGAAGUCGGGGUUUGGGUGACUCCACGACCCAAACCUCGAAACUGGUACAGCCCAUACGAUCCGGAUGUUGAGCUAGGGAAGGCCUUCUGUUUCGCGGCGGCGGAAGGCAAGGUUGUCAAGGAAGAAUGCAUGCAGGCAUUCAACCAGAUCACCACGGACAAUCUAGGCAGCCUGAUGAGUCUGAAUGAAGCAACCCCGGGCCCAAGACACUCAUACACCUCCAAAUACAAGUCAUGCCGGCCCAAAGCAGGACGCUCUGGCCGAUUUUACUACAAUGAUCAACACUUGUGGUGA